AUGACCACCAGGGGCAUCCUCCACAUGGCUCUCCUGCUAUGCUUCUCCACCACGGCUCUCUCCAGGAGCUACAACCUGCUUCACUUCCAACAAAGGAGCAGCAAGCUGGUGUGCCAGAAGCUCCUGCAACAGUUGAAUGGGACCCUUGAAGCUUGCCUCAAGGACAGGGUGAACUUCAAGAUCCCCGAGGAGAUUAAACAACCACAGCACUUCCAGAAGGAGGAUGCCACAUUGGUCAUCUACGAGAUGGUGCAGCAGAUCUUUGGGAUUUUAAGAAGGAAGGUCUCCAAUACUGGGUGGAAUGAGACCAUCAUCGAGAACCUUCUAAGUGAGCUCUAUCAGCAGAUGGACCAUCUGGAAACCAUCCUGGAGGAAGAUCUGGAGGAAGAGAACGCCAGCAGGGGCACCAUGCGGACCAUUCUGCACCUGAAGGGCUAUUACUUCAGAAUCCUCCGGUAUCUGAGAGCCAAGGACUUCAGCAGCUGCGCCUGGACAAUCGUCCGGAUAGAACUCCUCAGGAACUUUUCUUUUAUUGGCAGACUUACUGAUUGCCUCCAUGAAUGA